AUGGUAAAAAAAGGCCCAAAAUGUGCAAUAGCUAAGAUUUUCAGGCGUUAUGAAUGUUUUUAUGUUUUCGAAUAACUUUUUCGUAUUUUAACUUGAUCAGCUUAGCUAAAAAAAAGUUUAAAUAUAACUUCCAGUAUGAGGCUCUCGCAGAUAAAACUCGAAGAUUUCAGGAUGAUCGGAGCCGAAUGUUGACGAUGAAGUACGGAAAACAUCAGAUGUCGUUGAUUCGCAAAAGGAUGAAGGUUCUUCACAGUUUUUGGUAUUGAUUCGACAGCUGUUCAGGUAGAAAAUUGGAUCGAAGGCGAAGUGGCAAAGCUUUUCAACGGAAAUGACAAUAACGUGAGCAAUCUAACCUAUUUAGUCAUAUUAGAGAACGUUUAUGAGAAUUUGCAAAUUAAAACGAUUUAUUUCAGGACGUUGAAGUAGAUUUGGACCGAGUACAAGACUUGGACACUGUUCCCCUCAAGCGCAAAUACGCGUUUGUCAGUGUUAAAGCUUUCUCAACUAUGAAGAAGACAGCGUUCAUCGAUGACAAAACAUAUUCAGAAUGAUCUUUGCAGGACCAGCUCCAGAAGGCGCAUUGCCCUGCUUCGAUGGACAAAAUCACUGUUUUUCUCGACGAGCUCAUCGAGCAAAUCAAUUCUCUGUGA